AAAAUUUUUUUUGAAAUUCAGACUUUUGUAUUCUAAUGAUAUUAAACAAGGAGAAUGUAAACUGAAAUGCUCAGAUUGAAAUUCAACAUUCAGCAAAUUCACUUUCUAUACACACAUCUUUAUCUUUCGUAUGUGUUUCUUUUGUAGCACUUACUGAAGAUAAAGUCAUGUGUUUGGUUUUGUGAUUGCUUAAUACUAUGUAAAUUCUGGCAAUAUCAACUUUUCAUUCACUUUGAAAAUAAAAAAAAUAAAGUAUUCAAUUAUUCUACUAUCAUUGUAAUAACUGUUUCUCAAGAAAGCCACUUUGUUUAGGCAUUUUGUGUUAACUUGAUGUAACAAUUCCUUGAAUAAGUCUCCUAUAGUGUACUGCUGCUGUGACUGAAGUAACAUGUUAAAUCUUGUCUCUAUGAGGGCAUGACAGCAUGGCUCGUAUCCAAAACGAGUGGUGUAUCCAUUUAUGAAAAUAGAAGACGUUAUCUUUCAAUAAUUUGUGAACCCUAUUUUUCAUGCCUGUCAUGGAAGAACAAUUAUUACUUGUGAAUCCUAUAAUAUUUUCUGAAGGCAUCUGUCUUUCAUGCAAGGUUGCAUUGUAAAGACAUGGAGCCAUUCCAUUUUCAAUAACUACAGUAUCUAACAAUGUAUCUGUGACAUUAUCCCUAUCCAAAUCAAAAAAUUCACCCCUAUAGUCAAAAUUUGGAUAUCUGAAAUGUUUGUAUUUUCAUCAAUUAUGACAGUAAACUUUUGCAUCUAACUUUUAUCGCUGUUUUUUCAGGAAAGAUUGUCAUCCUGAAUAACAUGAAAGUUUUGUUCUUUGCAUUGAUAAUUUUUCAGCAAUCUUUCUGUCCAGAAAUUUUUGUUUGAGCAUUAGUAAAACGAAUGUUAUUUCUUGUUAAUUACAUUUUGCUGAUUUGAUGUCUCCUUAUUAUUUUUGCUUUGCAUUAUCUAAAGGUGCAUUCAUACAUCUAUAAAUCCAGGACUAUUCAACAGCUCAAGGACAAUAACUGUGUAGAAGUUAAGAGAUAGAAAAUUCGGAUCUUUCUGAAUUGACGGGCACCAACACUACAUAAAACAUGAAAAGUGGUGCCCGUCAAUUCAGAAAGAUCCAAAUAUUAUACUAAAAGAGGUCAUCUCUGAAAAGCUGAAAAUGGGAGAUAUAAACAGUACCAUUUUGUCAUAACUAAAGUAAUUUUGUAUCCAUUUUAAAAUUGUCUUUUAGUAUAAUAAUAAUGAUGAUAAUAAUAAUAAUAAUGAUGAUGAUGAUGAUGAUGCUGAUAAUAAUAAUAAUAAUAAUAAUAAUAAAUAGUUAACAAAUGAAUGUUAUUAAAUUUUUAGAUUCAUAGGUAACUUUUCAGACACUGUAUAUUUACUAAUUUAGUUUUGAGUUACAGGUGGUCUUGUUUUGUGAAUUAUUUAGUGACUUCAUUAGUGUCAGGGGCAUGUAAAAAGUACCCCAGUACACUCUGUGAAGUUGUUGGUGUUAGGAAGGGCAUCCAGUCAUAGAAAUCAUGCUAAAACAGACAUUGGAGCUUGGUGCAAUCCUCUGGCUUGUCAGUUCCUGCCAAACUGUCCAGUUUAUGCCAGCAUUGAAAAUGGACAUUAAACAAUAAUGAUGAUGAAUUUUUUUUAUAUAAGUUGAAGCGAUUUUAUAAAACCUGAUGGUUUCUGUGGCAGAAUCAUCAAAUCAGUGUUAUUCAGAAUACAUGAAGCAACAAUAUACAGAGCAGGUGCGGACUGGUGAUCAAAUAUUUGAUCCUGAUAGACACAUGAUUAGCUCUCGGGUAUCCCAGAUAAUUGCAAAUUCUCUUCCAACUGCUACUCAAAUGCCAGUCCAGCAGUGUAUGAAUGUUGCUCAGUCAUCACAGAUACCUGUACCCAAACCAAAUGGUGUUAGGAAGCCUUGGCAUAAAAAGAAAAGAAUACUUGCUGUUGCUGAUCAUCAGAUCCAUGUCAUGUCCAACCUGGCAGCACUGUGGAAAAGUAAAAAAUUGUGUGAUGCUAGUAUUGGUAAUGGCUCAUCAACUGUAAUGGUACAUAAAGUUAUUCUAUCUGCUGUGUGUCCAAAACUAUUGUCAGUAUUUAGUACAAAUAUUUCCUCUCAGAAGUUUCUCCAAAUAAACUUUCCAGAAGAAGUUAGUACACAAGCUUUAAAUGCAUUUGCAGAAUACAUGUACAGUGGAUAUUUAGAUCUCGAUCCAGAUAUUUUACAGCAAUUAAAAAUCAUUGCAAAACGAUUAGAAAUGAAAGAAUUUGAAGAACUGUGUGAUAACAAUCUCAUAAACAAAAUAAAUCAACCUUCAGUUGAUCUCAGGCAGAACCAGACACAGACCAGUCUGCCAGUUCCAACAAAUAUCACAGUGCCAACAAUUCAACCAACUCUGCCUUCAUCAUCCAUCACAUCAGUUACAUCUCAAUCUACUCCAUUUGUCACUACACAAGUCAUUGAUGUUAAACAAGAGAUAUGUGAGGCUGCGUUAGCACAAGUUAACAUUGGUACUGCUGAUGUCUUUGAACAGGAAUCUGAAAUUGACUCAUUGGAUGCUAAUACAUAUGGUCAUUGCUCAAAUGAUUCUGAUUUUGUUCUCAGAGUGAAAACUGAACCUGUAGAGCUUGAUAAUGAGAACUAUGGUCAACUGAACAACGAGGCUUACAUAUCCACUCCAGAUUCAAGCAAUGCAGCAUCACAUGUGAUACAUAGACCCACAUGUAAAUUAAAGUCUAAUGUAUUUGAAGGCUCUGUAGUUUCUGACUUACCUCCUGCAUCAUGCAUUGAAGAGAAAAUGUCUUCCCAGUCCAUUUCCAUACAAAAUGAUGCAUCUAAAAUGCUACACCAAAGUAUAACAACUAUCCAGUCAAUUGAGAACAUUAUGACAUCUGGUAGUAAUGAAGGUCUCUAUUCUGUAGGACUUUUUAACGCAGGAGGGGACAAUGUACCAUCAUGUACACAACUUACAAAUUUCAAACAUGUAGGUUUAUGUGAAGCAGAUGAUCUUACAUGAUACAGAAAAUGACAAAAUAACCUUUCAUGUGCAGGUAUGGCUGUGAUGUUAAGAUAUUCAUUUUACAAAAUUGUGGUUCUGAGUUUCAUUCCACUGCUUUGCAUUUUCAGUUUCUUGUGAGAGAAAGUUAGUCGAUGGAAACUUUGUAUCAGUAGGUGAUGAUGAAAUUGCAGUGUGAAGAAAAAUAGCUUGUGAUUUUGUCGUGGGCUUUUAUGUUCCUCUGCACUUAGGAUCAUCUUUGGUGUGAAGGGAUGCUGGAAGGAGGAAAUGCAGUGUCAGCCUAGUAGGGAUUUGAAUUUAGAAUGUGAAGGGACAUAAUAAAAUAUUACAAGGUAUUUUGUCCAGUAUUCCAAAGAUGUUUCCACUCACUUCUACACACCUCAUAACCUGAUAGACCACCAAGACACUUUAUCACCGCUAUUUCGUCUCUUUCCAGCUUCCCCCAAUCAUUCUGAUUUCAAUAUGUAACUAUGUAGCUCCUCUACAGUAAGAAGCCUGCUCUUCCCCUUUGUAUGAUGCUUUAACCCUUCAUCUUACAUAAAACCAACCUCUCCUCAGGGUUUGUCAUGUUGCAAGCGGCAUAGUGACCUCACUAGUGUUGGUGACAUGAAAAUAGCACCCAGUAUAUUUUGUAUUGUUUAGCAUUAGGAAGGAUAUCCAGAAGAAAACACUGAAGCAGAAUGUAAUCCUUAGACUCAUUGUAUAUAGUCAAACUGUCCAACUUAUUCCAAUAUGAACAAAGGUGUUAAGUGAUGAUAUAUAUAUGUGUGUAUAUAUGAGGGUCAAAGGCUUGGUGAGUGGGAUAAACUUAAUACUACAACUUUAUAAAUCACUUUCCUGAGAGGCUCUGUACAGCAUACAUCCAGUGGCUGAAAAAAAUGGAAACCGUAAUCAAGAUAUUCCUAACCAAUCCUUUGAUGACAUAUCUUGGAUAGCAGGGUUGUCUAUAAAUGUAAUGGAGGCUCUCAUUAAGUUUGUGGUAUGGAAAAGUAAUGUCUAGAAAGUUAACCUCUCUACUGCUUUCAUACAAAAUGGCAAUAACAAAGAAAACAAAAUAAAAUUUGAAUUGAAUUGUCAAGUCUUGUUUCUAGUUUUCUGUUUACAACAUUGAAUAUUUCAUUUCCUUCGUUUUCUAAAUUUUCCCAUCAAAAAACAGAAAAUUAAUUAAACAAAAUCCCCAAACCAUUGGUCAUUGUGUCCAUGUGUCUUGCAUUAUCUUCAAUGAUCUGUAUGCUUGUUAGCAUUCAUUGACUAACAAUAAAAGGAUGGAUAUACUUGGAAAUUUUAAUCUUAA